AUGCUGCUGUUCCAUUUUUUUAGAUGCCUAUGCCUUGUAAUAAGUUUCUUUGUACGGUGUAAUGGCAGUCUACAGCCGGGCUUUUCUAAAAUUCAGCGUGGGUACAGACUAGACAGGAAACUAAUCCAAUCCUUCGCACAGUUAAGUUUCUUGGACUGUGUUAUAGAAUGUCUGGUAACACCGCGGUGUAAAUCUGUCAAUUACUUCAAAGGAGCUAAUUUCUGUGAAACUAAUUACGAAAAUAAAAAGACAGCGAACACUAAGUACGAAGACAGCGCUGGAUGGGUUUACAGUGAAAAGGAGCACUGGCCUAAGGACCUGGCUGGAGCAUGUGCCAACUCAAACUGUCAAAUUAACCAGACAUGUAAACACAAGAAGUAUUCCAUGGACCCAACUAAUGAAUGUGUUUUGUCAGAUUGUGGAAUACCUGCUCGAACAGACAUAGAUCUGAGUACAACAAAACGUGAAGACGCCAUUGGUAUACAUAGGGGGAUACACGCCUCGUGUUUUGACGGAUACUACCAAUUUGGCUCAGGACGGCUAAUCUGUCAGUCAAAUGGAGAAUGGAAAUACGAUAUCCAUUGUGAAGAAACAGAAUGGAAACAAUAUUUGGAUCAUAUAUAUUUCCACUUCAAUAAUCUGGUAACUUGGACCAAAGCAAAGGAACACUGCGAAUCUUAUGAUGCGUAUUUGGUGGCUAUAAAUACAGAAAAUGAAAAUGAGUGGCUCUUAAAAACUUUUGUCGAAAUAGACAUUGGUUCUUUGGAGUGCCGCAGGAAUGAGAAUGGGAAUUUUUUAUCUUGUAAAUCAGUCUGGACAGGUGGUUGGUAUAAAGCAGUGGAAGACAACUUUGUAUGGACCAAUAAUAACGAAAGAGUGGUAUUUAAGAAAUGGGCCCCAAACAGACCGGAUAAUGUUAACAAAUAUAAAGACUGUAUUCGAUUUCUUGUCGAUGGCUCGUGGACGAAUCACUUUUGUUUAAACAAAGCGUCCUUCAUCUGCGAGAAAACUCUAGUUUUCAACAAAUAA